AUGCACCCGGUGCGCUUCGUGCAGGCUGUACCUUACCGCCGAGAUGGGGCCUCUGCGCGAGCCGCUCCAUCGGCGGCACCACCAACGCCCUGCACCCCCGUGGCGAGCUCGUGGCGGCACCGACGACGAUCGCGGGAGGAGGCUUGGAGUUCUGGCGGCCCGGAGGGAAGCGCCGCGCACGUGUUUUUCUUGCUCGCCGUGGUGUAUGCCCGGGGGCCGUUUCCCAACGCCCACACCCUGGCGCCACCCCGUUUCGCGUGCCGUCAGCAGGAUGACACGUAUGUGCCUGUGAAGGGUUCGAGGGCUCCAUGGGCCUGCGAGCCGGAAAAGUCCAGGGUUUGA